AGCAGACCAUUUGAUGAUUGCCUUGACGAGCGAGGGGAGAGAAGAGAUUAAGGUAGCCUUGCUGAUAUGGGGGAAGAGAGACGUUUAGGUCAUUGCGAGGUUACCUAAUCCCCGGCGGCAGUAUCUCGCCGCCUUGUCACGCUUCUCCGGUCUUUCAGAUCUCGGAGAAGAACGGAGUCCUUGUGCUGGUGAACUCAGGGCCUUUUGCGUGACUACCAUGAAAGGGAUUGUUUUGAGGGGCCAGCGGGCUGUCAAGCCCCAAGGUCUGAUCUGUCAAUUGUGCCAAUUGACUUCAUCCCCUGCAACUCGACCUCGCUCGCAAUUCGCGCGAUCAUAUGCCUCGACUGCCCCAUUAACACACCCGUCUAAACUCGGACAAUUGCGCCCGAAAAAAGACGCACGAAGCCACUGGACUCCUACUCAGGCUAUUUCCAGACGCUAUGCAUCGAACACACCUCAAUCAUCUGCUCCUCUCGACCCAGAACAGGCCCUGGAACAACUGGAACGCGACGCCGCGCAGCUCCGCGAGUCCGACUCCGUGCCGUCUGACGAAGCCGUCGUCCAGCUUCUACGACGAUGCCAGGAACUCGCCGAGACGAUCGUACACGCCGACCAGGAGAAGCCCGAGACGCCGACCAAAACCAAGGGCGACGACGUGAUCACCUCACUCCUCGAUCUCGAAGAAAAGAGCGGCAGCCAAAAGCCGUCGUCCCCGAAAGCCAAACUGGCGCAACCACAUCUCCCGGAGUCGCUGUGCCAAAUCGCCUACGAGCUCCUCACCGACGAGAAAGUCUUCAUCUCCCCGGAGGCGCUGACCUACUACACCAAGACCCACACCCUCCUCAAGCAGGCCGAGCACUUCCCCGAGAUCUUCCACCUGUACGCAUACAAGCCGGUGCCGGAGGAGAACAGCUCGCCCAUCAAAUACCACAAGGCGAAUCCCAAGAACGUGAACAGCGCGGUGCCCACGGAGCUCGCGCACAUGGCGCUGGACGUGGCCACCGAGCAGCGCAACCUGCCGCUCGUGCUGGCCAUCAUCGACACGACGUUCUGCGCGCCGGCGUUCCACCGCGCCAAGGUCUUCAAGAAGGCCGCGGUGCCGCUGGGCGCGUUGGCCUCGACCCCGGCCGCCUGCUACGCCAUUGCCUCGUGGGCCUCGACGCUGCAGAAUACGAUGGAUGCCAGCACGGCGACGGGGAUCGCGUUUGCCGCCAGUCUGGCCUACGUCGGGGGUGUCUCGUCCAUCGGCGUCCUGGCUAUCACCACUGCCAACGAUCAGAUGCAGCGGGUGACGUGGCUGUCUGGCGUGCCGUUGCGCCACCGAUGGCUACGCGAAGAGGAGCGGGCUGCUUUGGAUAGGGUUGCUGUUAAAUGGGGAUUCAAGAAUGUGUCCAUGUGGGGUGAAGAGGAGGGUGAGGAGUGGGAGAGCUUGCGCGAGUUCAUUGGUAUGAGGGGGAUGAUUUUGGACAAGACGGAUCUGAUGCCGGGCAUGCAAUGAUCCGUGUAGAUGUAUACUAUUUGUGAUAUAUCAUAUGGCCAUAGACAUGCGAAAUUAUCUG